AAUAAGGAUUAUAACGUGAGCAUUUAAGAUAACCGAUAACCGCUUGAAGACGCCAAGGUACGAUGUUGUAAUGACUGAACGUGAACCACACAUUUCGGCGAGCCGGCCUUUUCCCUAAAAGUCCGGGUUGGGUAGUGCAUCAUGGUAGGUCACAUAUACCUAUCUCUCCCACGUUUAUUAGUAAGAACAUCUUGGGUCAUAUGUGGGGACCGGAAGUUGGAGAUUAUUUUUAAUCUCCGUUCCUCUCGUUUGGACCAUCUAUACCUGAAGACCAUCCUCGAACACUGACUGCUAUCUCAUCACGGCUUGCGGUUUACACUUUGAAAGUCCGCCGGCGAUUGAAACCUCUAUCAUCGAAUUUGUUAUCUUGUUUUUUGUAGUACUAAUGGAUAGACCAAAGAACUCCGUCAUCGCCAAAUGGGGAGCUGCGUGUUCGCCAUGUGCUCUCGCAAAGGCUAAAUGCUUGCGCUCAAGCAACGGGUCGGGCGUUAGAUGUGAUAGAUGUGAACGUUUAGAUAAAGAUUGUACCAGUCAGAUACAUAAGCCGAGGAAAAAGCGGCAGAGCAGACCCUCAAAGACAGCACAGCUCGAGGAGAGACUCAAUAGCCUCGUCGAUUUCAUUAAAGCUACUAAUUCAGGAGAUGUCCCUGUUCCGUUAAGGCAGGUUUCUGGAGCCAAAUCCACUACGUCUACAUCGUCCCCAGAGGCGACCGAAGAUGCGACGCCAAUACAAAGCCGAAAACGAAUUAGCACCAAUUCUCCGAGUCAAUCUUCAGGCUCAAAUUAUGAGCGGCCGCCUGCAAUUCCUGAUUAUUACAAUGAACAUGCCCCUCGUGUAUGUGUCUGCCGUACUCAAGCCGGCGAGAGCCCUGCUUCGCUUGAGUCCGACGAGGUCUUAUUGUCGAUAUUCGUCAACGAGCUUGUCCCUAAUUACCCGUUUGUCGUACUUCCACCAGGCUUUACGGCUUCGGAAUUAGCAUUAAAGUAUCCUUUCCUCUUCGCAACAGUUCGAAUGAUCGCGUCUUAUCGUAACCUAAGUUCGCUGAGGUCACAGAACUACUUCAUAAUGAGACACAUAUCCGAGCAGAUGCUUAUGCGUUCAGAGCGGUCUCUGGAAAUACUCCAAUCAAUUCUCUUGGUCGUGGGAUAUUAUCACUACCACUGUAUAAUGCACGCUCAGAUGAACAAUUUGAUCGCACUAGCAAACAGUUUAGUAGCAGACCUCGGCAUCAACAAGCCUCCCGAAUUACAGGAAAAGACGAAGUUAUUAAUUUCAAGUCCCGAAGCCCCGAAAAGCAGGGUGAAUGACGAGAGAAGGGCACUCUGCGGAGUCUGGUAUAUGACCUCGGUUGUCUCGCUCUCCUUUCAACGGAUCGAGCCGCCGAAAUACACGCCGUACAUAGAUCAAUGUCUUCGGGAGCUCGAGGCCGAACAGGAGUAUGGAACUGAUUCGCUCCUCGUCCAUCUGGUGCGAAUCCAACACAUGUCUGAGCGUAUCUCUCAACUACACGCGAAAGACCACGACGAGAGCGAAUUGGCCGGUAUUACCCGUGCCCCUAUGAGUGCAUAUUCCAGCGUGUUUCACUCGGAGAUAGAAAACUUUAAGGCAUCACUACCUCGUCAUCUCUUAUCAAACAAGCUGCUCAUGUGUCAUAUCAAUACGGCCUCUUUACGCUUAUGGGAACCGCCGCGAAUUGAUGCUACACUCCUCGAAAAGAUUUCGAACUCGUUAUCAUCUCUAACUCUAGAUUCUGCUUCUUCACUCGAUGUCUUUUAUCGAUCUGGCACCGCGCUCAAGGCCUGGUUCGAAGCUUGGCUAGCUAUUGACGUCGCGGAUUACUUUGUCUUACCUAUGCCCAUCUCAGCUCAGCUCAUCAAUUCUGUAAUAAUGCUGGUCCGCUGGUCUAAGCUGACGAGCCCCGACCGCAGUUUUACAUCUACCCCGACCACGGCGACGAGUUCUGUAUUACCACAGAUGGUACGAAGUGAUCCAGGUUGUAGCGGUGCGGCUCUGGUCUCCGUGCCGACGGUCGGGGUCAAAGACAUAGAUCUAGAUCCCGCAAUUCCCGCCGCAGUACGUACUAUUAGGUCUCACCUACUCUCUCAGUCCGAGCUCCGGAUAGAUGCUACUGGUAUCUUGCAAGGCAUGGUAACGCGAUGCGAGCAGGCACAGGAGGCCUGCGAAAAACAGAGGGGCUUACCUUGCGAGAAUGAUAUAUGGGACAUGGCCGCGAGGAAACUCAAGAGCACUCGCGUUAAGCUGGAGAAAUGGGCCGAGAUGGUAGCCGCCGUAGGUGGCGAGGGUCGUCGGCCUGAGCUGUCAUCAAAUGCCAACAUUGCUAAAGAGGUCGAUCUCGGCAACGGUAAUGGUAUGGGAGGAAAUUGGCCUCCUAUGCCUUCAGGGAUGAACGUCUCCGCCCAAUUUUCGCUCGAGGAGUGGAGUCCUAGCGCUUGGUGGGCGAGCGACUUCUUCGAAGGACCAGGCAUGGAUCAGAAUUUCUUUGAUGGACCGGGUGACUAUGGUACGGUUGUUAUGGACGGUCUGGAGCCCCCGUAAAACUUCACAAGUUGCUGAGUUGAUGUGUGAUUGAUAGAGUAAUACGCCCCUUAUACUCAGAUUUAUAUACCUUGAUAAGUACACUCCGCAGUCUUGUGAAUCAACUUCAAAAGUAUGGCAUAUAAUUAUUUUGAAUAAUUGGUAAAACGGUACCAUGCAUUGGAGUAUCUGCUGGAGCUACUGGAAUUCUGAUGGCUCCGAACCUCAGUUUUGUCAACCUCAGCUUCACCAAGUUUGUAGGUAGUUGUUACUGUUGCAACUACGGUUGGAUAUAGAGAUAGGCCGACAUGGAAGCGGAGACAGACCGCCGUGAAAAGGGAGGUUAUGAGCUUGAAAACUAAGAAACCCAAAAUAGCAUUUUCCCAUUUUCUACAAGCAGUGUAUUGUAGCAAUUGUGGAGUACACCGUCUUUGUGUAUAACAUCAUAGAAAUUGAGGCAACUUCAUG